CUUGAAUGUGGCACCCUGGACGUCCCAAUUGACUGGGAUGAGCCCCAUGGCUCCAUGACCACUAUAGGUUUUCAACGCCUCAAUGCCUCCAAUGCAACCGCUCGCAUUGGCCCGUUGUUUUUCAACCCCGGCGGCCCUGGCACCGCCGCCUCGACAUUCAUCAACCGAACAGCCCUGGGCGAGCUGAUCUUUGGCGAUACGAUCAACGAGCACUUCGACCUUAUUGGACCGGAUCCGCGCGGCGUCGGAACGAGCUCGCCGAUCAAAUGCGAUCCAAAUGCGUGGAACAACCGAGUAUCUAUGUUCCCCACGACGGAAGCCGAGUGGACCGAGCUGGUGGCCUGGAACGAAGCGUUCGGGAACAGCUGCCGGAACCUUACCGGCUCGCUGAUUGAACACGUCGAUACAUUGAGCAAUGUGAAGGACUGGGAGGCACUGCGCGUUGCGCUCGGUGGAGAGAAGCUCAACUACCUGGGCUUGUCGUAUGGCACUUUGCUCGGAGCGACCUAUGCGGAGCUGUAUCCGCAAAAUAUCCGCGCAAUGGUGCUGGAUGGCAACAUGGAUCAUUCGCAGUCCGAGGUGUCGACGUUGGUGGCUGCAUCGACCACUUACGACGCCGUGCUUGGUAAAUUCGCCGAGUGGUGCGAGUCCAACAGCACAUGUGCUCUGUACGGACAGGAUGUGCUGCAAGUGUGGGAUGACCUGGUGGCAGCGGCUGACAUAACGCCCAUCCCGGCACCAGAGUGCGAGGCUGCCGGCACCUGCUACCCAAACGUCACCGGCGCUGACAUCCGCUCGAACAGCCAGUCAUUUGUUAUCUUCGAAGAAACUAACGUCCCGUUCGGGCUUCCCGGCUGGGCUUACCUUGCCUCAGCACUGAACGCGUCUCUGCAUGGGGACGCCAGCCAACUGUCCAGCGGCUUGGCGACAAGCGAGACUUACGCCGGUUUCCCCAGCUAUCCCGUGCUAUGCAUCGAAUGGACGCAUAAUACCAAAACGCUGUCCGAAAUGCUGUAUAAAGAACAGCUGGCAAAGACCGUCGCCCCGCACACGCAGGGAGCAGGCGGGACAUGGCGGUUCCAGAGCAACUGUAUUGGAUGGCCAAUGCCAAUACAGUAUCCGCAAGGUUAUUAUAAAAGUAGUAUCGCGGAAGCGCCGCCUAUCUUGAUGGUCAACUCGCUCUACGAUCCCGAGACGGCGUUUAUCUGGGCCAAUGGCGCGCUUGCGCAGAUUCCAAGCGCGAAUCUGCUGGUGCGCAAUGGCAGCGGGCAUACCUCGUAUUUCCUGUUUGGCGAGGCGACCGAGCUGAUGCAGAAUUAUCUUGUUACGCUUGAGCAGCCGGCGCCGAAUACCGUUGUUAAUUCAUGA